AUGAAAUUCCUAGUAUCACGUAACGUUAUUCACCGAGACCUCGCCGCCCGCAACAUCAUGAUCGAUCAGAUGAAAAACGCAAAAAUUGGCGAUUUUGGGCUGUGCAUCGACGCCAACGAUCGAUCCGUCGAUAUUAGCGGAAAACUCCCGAUAAAAUGGCUGGCCAUCGAGUGCCUCGAAUCGCACAAAUUCUCCAGCAAAAGUGAUGUCUGGUCAUUCGGUAUGGUGCUGUGGGAGAUGUACUCGAUGGGCGACGCCCCGUUCGUCGACAUCGAGCCAACCGCGAUUCUCGAGGAGCUGAAAUCAGGGCGCCGACCGAAGCGACCGCUUUUGGCGUCGGAUAAGCUAGACGAAGUGAUGCAACGCUGCUGGCAAGAAUACCCGACGUCACGGCCAAGUUUCGACGAGCUGCUGACGAUCUUUACGAUUUUGUUAGAGCAGGCGACCGAGGGCUACGGCUAUUUACAGCUAAUGUCGAAUGAGUUCUACAAAACGUUGCCGCAAGUGGAGGUUGAGGCCGAAGAGGAGCAAGAGAUCGAGGAGCUCGAGUCGAGAAGUCGGGCCGCGUCGACGAAAUCGGCCAAAAUUCAUAUCCUCGGGAAUGUGCUGAAUGCGUGGAGAGCUGCUGCUCACGGAAUCGGGCGUCAACUUUCGAGUGGGAAAGGGAUCUACCCAACACCCGAUCAUCCCAGGAUCAAUAAAAAGCGGAAAUCCGGGACUUUUGGUGAAGCCACCGAAGAAAACGUGCCCAAGCUGCCGCAGCCCACCUCAACGGCCCGGCGGAAAUCGCAGGAUUUCCUGACGUGGACGGGACUCCGGAAAAUCCGGAGAAGAUCCCUAGACCCGGAAGUCGAGCAGAAUGGCGUUCCGUCCUCACGUGACGUCCCCCGUCUUUUCAACGCCAAAAAAUUCUGGAAGCCGAGGCGGAAGUCGUCGAACAGCCUUCCGGACCAUUCCCACCUGGAAAUCCCCCCAGAAUCGAGUGAUUAUCUCGACGAGCCGAGCAGCCCUCACAAAAAACGCUCUUCCGUCCCCCCAAUGCAGCGGUUUCACGUGGAAACCCCAGUAUCCCCAUCGGUAUCCGAUUCGGAUAGCGAAAUGGCCACUUUGCCAAGCAUGCCAAGAGCUUCUUCGUGUGAUACGUUGAGCCAGAAU